AUUUCAAAUAAUCAACGGUCGAGCGAAUGCUUUCUCCCCGACGAAAUCAACGGCAUUUCUAAUGUAACUUUCCUUUUCUGAUCCCCCACUCUCUCUCUCUGUCGAAACCAUCAUUUCUUCUCUUUAACCCCUUUUUUUUUUUCAAAAUUCAUCGCUUUGAUUACUCUCUCCCUCUUUAUCAUCGACUUUUCUCCCCUCUCAAUCAAAUGGAAGAAAAUCUAUGGCAAGACCCACUUCUCCUUACUGAUGUUUCUUGGCAAGAGAAAGAUAUUCCUUGGUCGAGAAUAAAUAGCUCAAAAUCUGUCGACAUGCCAGAUCCUAACAUAGCAGCAAAUGAUGAUUCUACGCAGGAAGCAGUGGAAAUCAAUGAAAUGUCUCCUAAUAAUGUUUCUGCUCAGAGAGAGCGGUCAGUGAGUUUCAAAUUGAACAACUCCAGUGACUGGCAUCCAUGUGAUCCAAUUGACGGUCGAUCACUGCUAGGGUUUUCUCUAUCAUCUCCGGAUCUUGUAAUCUGCACUAGCUCUAGCUCACCUGAUAUUCCCUCUACUAAUAGAUUUCAAGAAACCCCAAAAUUCUUAAAUAAUGAGACGCCUUCCUUUGAACUCUCUUUUGAUAAAGGAAUUGGUGGAUUAGAAAAUGAAGGUAGAGACGAAACAAGUAAGCAGAAAGAAUCUACAGAAGCUUCUGUUGAGCUGAUGGCUAAGUCGUCUGUCGAUAGCGAAAUUCAAAAAGGUUCAUCUCCUGUGGUUAGUAUCAAUGCCGGUGGAAAUGAUUUGUCUAUAAACUGUGGUGAGAUUGGCUUUUUAGCGGAUAGUUUCUUCCAAGGUGGGGAGGUUAUAAGAACAGAAGCAAGUUUCGUGGAUAACGAAGAAGAUAGUCUACUAUACCAAACUGCUAGGUCGGGAGAUUUCUCUUACCAGUUUCAAAAUCUGGAAGCGGGAAAAUACACUGUUGAUUUGCAUUUUGCUGAGAUUAUAUUCACAAAUGGCCCUCCAGGGAUGAGAGUCUUCAAUGUCUUUAUACAGGAAGAGAAGGUGCUUUCUGAAUUAGACAUUUACGCCCGGGUGGGUUCUAAUAAGUCUCUGGUGCUGUCUGAUCUGCAUUGCUCUGUUGUUAAUUCAAAUGGAGGCCUAUCGAUCAGAUUUGAAGGCGUGAUUGGAUGCCCCAUUGUAUGUGGCAUUUCAAUAAGAAAGGAUUCAUUAACAAAUUCCGAGAAUGUGGAGUUUCUCAAAGAUAGACAAGGGUCUCUAAUUGGAGAGCAUGAAAUGCUGGACGAUGAUCAAAACGAUGAUUCUAACUUAGUGGGUGAAGGAGAGGUUUCAAAGCUCCGCAGAGAUAUGGAAAAGCAAUAUCAGGAACUAACAGAAACCAAAAGGGUUCUACAUGGAUUGAAAAGUGAUUACGAAAAGAAAAGCAAAGAAUGCCAGGAAGCUUGGAUGUCUCUGCGAGAUCUCCAAAAUGAGCUUAUGCGCAAAUCCAUGCAUGUUGGAUCUUUAGCUUUUGCAAUUGAAGGACAAGUCAAGGAGAAGAGCAAAUGGUUUUCAUCCCUCAGAGAUUUGACCAAAAAGUUUAAGAUUCUAAAGAUUGAGCAUUCCAAACUAUCAGAGGAAGCAUUGCAGUAUAAGGAGUGCCUUGCGGAUAUGGUGCAAAUGACCUCUACGGUUCAGUCUGCAAUGACCAAGCACAUAGAUUUGGAGAAGGAAAACAGUGAUCUCAGGAUGAAAUUUAUUAAUGGCGCCAAGGAACGUAAAGAGCUUUACAAUAAGGUUCUUGAGUUGAAAGGAAAUAUAAGGGUCUUUUGCAGAUGUAGACCUUUAAAUGCAGAAGAAGUUGCCGGAGGAGCUUCUAUAUCAAUCGAUUUUGAAUCCGCAAAAGACGGAGAGCUUGUGGUGAAAUCCAAUGGAGCACCCAAGAAAAUGUUCAAAUUUGACUCAGUUUUUGGCCCACAAGCAGACCAAGCUGAUAUAUUUGAAGAUACGGUACCCUUUGCCACGUCGGUUUUAGAUGGAUACAAUGUCUGUAUAUUUGCGUAUGGGCAGACAGGAACUGGCAAGACCUUCACAAUGGAAGGAACAGAAGAAGCACGCGGAGUUAAUUACAGGACUCUUGAGGAGUUAUUCCGCAUCAUGAGAAAUCGACAGGGCCAAUACCGGUAUGAAGUUUCUGUAAGUGCCUUGGAAGUCUAUAAUGAGCAAAUACGAGAUCUGCUCGUGCCAGGAUCACAACCAGGAGUUGGGGCAAAGAAGCUUGAAAUAAGACAAGUUGCAGAAGGAGUCCAUCAUGUACCUGGACUGGUCGAAGCCCAUGUUACCGAUAUGAAUGAGGUUUGGGAUGUUCUACAGACAGGCAGCAAUGCUAGGGCUGUUGGUGCGACUAAUGCAAAUGAGCACAGCAGCCGAUCCCACUGCAUUCAUUGUGUUAUGGUGAAGGGAGAGAACUUGAUAAAUGGAGAAUGCACAAGAAGCAAGUUAUGGCUUGUUGACCUUGCUGGAAGUGAGAGAGUUGCGAAGACAGACGUUCAAGGAGAUCGACUGAAGGAAACUCAAAAUAUUAACAGAUCUUUAUCUGCACUUGGCGAUGUGAUAUCAGCACUGGCGACCAAAAGCCCACAUAUCCCUUUCAGGAAUUCAAAGCUCACUCAUUUGCUCCAAGAUUCUCUAGGAGGAGACUCGAAAACUCUUAUGUUUGUACAAGUCAGUCCAAACGAAAACGACCUGAGUGAGACACUGUGCUCUCUGAACUUUGCAAGCAGAGUGAGAGGGAUAGAACUUGGUCCGGCCAGGAAGCAGUUGGACAUCGGCGAGCUUGCGAAAUGCAAACAAAUGGUUGAGAAGGCAAAGCAAGAGAUGAAGAUUAAGGAUGCAUAUAUCAAGAAGAUGGAAGAGACUAUCCAUAGUCUUGAACAGAAGUCAAAGGCAAGAGAUCUGAACAGCAAGAACUUGCAAGACAAAGUUAAGGAACUGGAAUCGCAACUUCUGAUAGAAAGAAAACUAGCUCGACAACAUGUUGAUACAAAAAUAGCUGAACAACAACAGCAUCAGCAGUCACAGCAAAAACAGCAGCAAGAUGAGCUAAGUUCUGUGGUAACAAAACCCCCAUUGCCUAUCUUACAGCUACUUGGAAUCCAGAAAAAUAGUAGUGCUGCUCCACUGGGUAAGGACAUGGUAAAUCUCAUUCGUCCACUUACAGAGAACAAUAGCAUCUUGCGACCUCCAACUACACCUCCUUUAUUCGAUAACUUCCUCAAAUACAACAAAGCGGCAGAGAAAGAAAACAAACCAGAGAAAGAAAUCAAACCUGAGAAAGAAAACAAAUUCGAAAUGGCCGACACUAUCCAACAAAUACCAAAACGAACUGGUAGGGUCUCAAUGUGUACUGCUGCUCCCCGUCGGAUUCCACUUGUUACGGCUCCCAGAAGAAACUCGUUAAUGCCAUUGCCAACUUCAUCAUCAAACUUAGCUUCAACUCCAGCAUUACUCGUGGUGCCACCACCUCAGGUUGAAAAGAUUAAAGAAAUCACAGAAGCAUGUGAAAUUGGAUCCCCAGAGCAGGCGACCUGGAGUCUUAAAGGCCAGAAAGUUGGUAAUAAGAAGGUCAAUAGUAUACUGCGAAGAAGCCUCCAAAAGAAGGUUAGUAUUAAAUCAUCUCCACUGCAGCAGCAUAUGAGAAGAGGCGGGCCAGAAAGAACGCGACUUACCAUGGUUGGUAAAGGGAGAUCCGCGCAAAGAUUUCUGCUCAACAACGGGGUACCAAAAGAAGUACCACAGAAGCAUAAGGAAAAGGAGAGAGGAUGGAAUCUAUGAUUAGAAAAGAAGAGUUGGAAGUUGUUUUUAUGAUGAGAUUAAUCUUUGUACAAAAAUUAACUGAUAUCUGAAAACAAAAAGGCUGCUCGCUUUUUUGUACUGCUGAAAAGAGGAAUUGGUAUUAUCUUUUGAUCUUUUUUUUUCUCCUGACCUUAAAUUUGAAAAACUAAAAGAUUUGUGUGCCAAACUAAUGAUUGUAUUCAACUAUAUUAAAAUCU